GACUCCGUGACUGCAGUCGACCAUCUCACCUCAUGGAGCUUUGACCUUCAGGUUGACCUUCAGGCUGACCUUCAGGGAAGUCAUUGAUUGUUGCUCUCUGUUUUGUUUCAGAGCUUCGGAUGAAAAAACUGUUUGAUGACAGAGAAGGCUUACGGGAUCAGGUCAGACUUCUCCAGUCUCAGCUGGAUCAGAGGAACAAGGUGGAUGGAGUCCAGAACCCAGGGCAGAACCCCAAGGAGAACGGUAUAGACCCUCAUCUGCUGGACCUGCAGAGAGACGCCAACAGGCAGAUCAGUGAACUCAAGUUCAAGCUGGUGAAAUCUGAGCAGGAAGUCACGACUCUGGAGCAAAAUGUGCUGCGCCUUGAGGGUCAGGUGUGUCGCUACAAGUCGGCGUCUGAGAACGCGGAGAAGAUUGAAGAUGAGCUGAAGGUGGAGAAGAGAAGACUGCAGAGAGAGCUCCGUUCGGCUCUGGACCGCAUCGAGGAGCUGGAGGUCAGCAACAGCCACCUGUCCAAGCGUCUGGAGAAGUUGAAGGCCAACAGGAACGCCCUGCUGGCUCAGCAGUGAAGCUUCGUCCUGGGCCGGGUCUUCAGACAGCCGGGCCAGGUCCAGAACAUUUCAGAGACACUUGUGGACAGAAGACAAUCAGAACCAGGCGGUGGAGGAGGUGAAGCUGAGACAGGAUGCUCAGGGUCGUCCAAAAUGUUUCCUUUUCUGAAUACUUCUGAUCACAAUCAUCUCCAUCCGUCAGCCCAUCAGUCCAGAGAGAGCAGGUUCUGAUCCGGUCAGGUUCUGAUCCGGUCAGGUUCUAGUAGUAAGCAGCUCCCAGGCUCCGCCCCCUCCUGGGCUGCCAUGUUGACUGGAGGCUCAGUGGCACCUUUUGAUUGGUUGUUAGAGGAACCAAAGUUACUCUGAAACUGAUACCAGUUCAGUGGUUCUGUUUCUCCUCAGUGACUGGUUCAAUCUGGUUCAAUCCGGUUCAAACCGGAUCGAACCGGAUCAAACCGGAUCUAACCGGUCUGGACCUUUAGAGUUAGUUGAUAUUUUGUUCUCUGUUUUUAUGUUUUCUCUCUGGAAUAUCGUUUAGUAUUUUUCUGACUUAUUUUAUAUCAUUUUAGUUAGUUCUACAUCACAAACCGGAUCAAACCGGAUCAAACUGGUCUGGACCUUUACUCAGUUUAUAUUUUAGUUUCUGUGUUUUUGUUUUCUGCUGAAAUAUUGUUAUUGUCCCAUUUCUAAUUUAUUUUAUUUGAUUUCAGUUUGUUUUUCCUAACAAACCAGAUCAAACCGGAUCAAACCGGAUCAAACUGGAUCAAACCGGAUCAAACUGGUCUGGACUCUGCAGAUUUAGUUAAUUUUUGGUUUCUGUGUUUUUCUCCUGUUUUCUUGCUGAAUCGUUGUUGUCUCAUUUCUGUGACAUUUGGUCUGAUGUUAGUUGUUUCUUCUCAGACUGGUCAGCCGGUUUUAACCAGUUACUAGUUUAGUAUUUCUUCACCUUUUUGUCUCGUUUUAUUUGUGAAACUCUUCUGUUGACUCAUCCUUGCUUAUUGUUGAAGUGGAUGAACUCCAGGCUAAAAGUGGAACUUUGUGACAAACGUCUCUGAAACUCAUCCGGUCCGGACAGAACCAGUUUGGACCAGCAGGGAAUGUAGCCCCGCCUACUUUGCUGUUCAGGAAGCGCAGGGGGGCGUGGCCUCUGGACUCACCUGUAUGAUUGGACUUUACCUGACAGCCAGGAUGUAACAGCAGCAGCUUUAGAUGAAUGAAGGGUUCUGAUCCCGGAGCUGAACAGAACCGAGCCAACACAGCUGACUGACAGCCAAUCACAGCGCAGAACCUUAACGAAUGAAACCCAGUAAACCCAUCGUCAUGACGAAGGUUCAAACAUUUUAGAUUCACUGCUAUUUAUUGUGAAAAAUAAAAGGUUUCAGUUGGA